GUUAUGGCGGCUACGCGGCCUUCCCACCGCCAACAAGCUGUGGAGGUAGUGGCUGUGGCGGCUGUGGCGCCUAUGGAGGUGAUGGUGCGUCAGCUGGUGCCUACGGCGGCGCCAAUUAUGGCGGCUGUGGUGGCUAUGGUGGCGGCGACUAUGGUGGCUAUGGCGGCUAUGGGGCCUUUGGCGGCUUCGGAGGUGAAGGCGCCGGCUGCGGAGGCUGUGAAGCCUACGGACAAGGUGCAUACGGCGGCUAUGGUUCAGCUCCUCGCGAUGCAAGCGGCGGCAAAGGCUACAACCCAUAUUGA